CGAAAUCGAAACUUGAGAAUUUUUGUGGAAGUGGUUUUUUCCCCAGGCUAUGAGUAGCAUAGACUGUCCCACUGUAAACACGUCGGAAGUUUUAAGUCCGUGAUAGUGAGGACUGAGAAUUUUACUCUCACUUGAGGGCGUAUCACGGACGUGUGUAUAUAAGUUCGUGAUCGUACUUACUGCUGAUUGUGAAAUGUCAAAAUGGCGUCUUGCGACGAUAGUCGAGACCAGAUAGCCGAGGAUCUCAUUUCAGAAAUCUUAGUAAAACUUGUCGAGGAGGAUAAAAAAUCAGACGUUGAAACUUUUCUCAGGACAUUAAAAGUUUGUCGUGACCAACAGAAGCAGGUAGAAAACGCUGAAAGGUGGCUACAGUGGGCAAGUGGACAGAAAAAAUUGAAGAUUGUUUCAUAUCCAGUUCCACCAGGUGUACUUCCAAAAGGAUGUGACUCUGGAGAACUCUUGGAUAUUAAGGUGUCAAGUCGAGGUCCAGAUGAUGCAGUUUAUGAUGCAAGUCAGCAGAUUAGACAAAGAGUUGCUAGGGGCAAUUGUUUUUUGAGAAUUGAUAAAGGUUUAUACAAGGGAUCAAGACUGAUUCUGUUUGGUCUCAAGAAGUUUACAGGUGGUCUUGGUGAUGACGAUGAUCGAGACAAGGGGGAUAACUACACUUGGCAGAAAUAUUUUACAAAGCCAUUAGAGAUGGCAACUCAUGUUGUUGCUACGCGAAAGGCAAAUGGAGAAGCUGCCCAUUUGAGCUGCAUUGAAAUUGGUGGUCAGCUACUGAUUUGUGCUGGUUCUAAAAAUGUUCAUAUGCUGUUCAGUACUAGGGAGGACAUCAAGCGUUAUCGUGGUGACAGGUUUAGAAUAGCCAGUGAGAUAUGUGAAGUGGUGAUGGACAUACUUGAACAAAUGGAACCAAAAGAUAGAGACAGACUUCUGAAGUUUCUGGCUACAACAGGUUUCACCGCCAUCUUCGAGAUUCUCUCCCCUGAUCAUCAGCAUGUGGAGGAUCUCAGCUAUUUGUGUGGAAAUAAGCUUCAGUUUAUUACAUGGACCUCUCCAGACCUUAAUUCGGAAUCUGAAGCUCAACUAUGCACUGUGCCUCCUCAUGUUGGUAUAGAGAUUGCCAGGGUGCUGGGUCUUCAGACCAUAGAGUAUACAGUCAUUCCAUUGUCUGAAGUUGAUAGCCACAUCACACGGAUAAGGCAAGGUUAUCAGUUUGAAGGAGAGGUUCUUUAUUUCCUUGAGAACUCAUCUACAGUGAUUGGCCUUUUAAAGAAAAAGACUAUUUGGUACAUCAUCUGUCGAGCUAUACGUGAAAAAGUGCGAGUGGCAGCUGCAGCUGCUCUGAAAAAUGGAAGCACCUUUUCUGUGUCAUCUUUUGUCAAAAAGACAGAGAAAAGACUGAAUGAAAUACAGACAUGGUUGAACCUGGAUGAUGAAAAUAUUGCAGCGUGGAAAGAUCUUGGCAUUGGUUUUCUGAAGUGGGCAGUGAGUGGUGUACAGUCACACAGCAUCGAUCAUCAUGCCAUUGGUGACAAGUUUCCUGUGCUAUGGAAGCAGUACCUUGAAGAAUCUGGAAAAUGCGAUAAAAUGAAAGUCAAGUAUGAAGAACCAACAACUACUUAUGCUAUACCUUGACAAAUUUCUGAAUUAGAAUUUAGCAUUAAGGUGAAAUGACACAUAGACCAUUCCAUGUUAAUCCGGUUGAUAAAUAUCCGACUGGCCAUAGCAGUUUCUUCCUUCAACCACAGGCCGCUAAUCACUGACCAGAUCUAAAUACUACCAUUAAAGGUCUAGUUCACUACAGCUUCAACUGGUCAUGGACAAAGUACAUUACUGUUGGAGUGAUGCUUCAUUCGUUUAUUUGAAGGUAACCCUGAUAAUAUGUUUUUUAAAAAAAAAAUCAAAGGUUACAGCUUUCAGUGCAAAUUGCAUAUGUACGUUUUCAGAAAAAAUGACUAAGCUUGUGUCAGAAAAAAAUGACCACCCAACCCCCCAAAAAGCAAAGGCUUGUGCCUGAAACUGAAAUCUAUUGCAAAUAAAUCUUCGGAAACUAAAGUAGUUUAAAGACCCUCAAUAUUUUUUUUCUCACUUGCACUUUGAAGGAAAAGUUAUUGUCUAAACCACCUAUGACUUUUUUAUUUGAAAAUCUGCCUGAAUAACUUGGAAACACUGCAUUUGAAAGAAGUAACUCCAUAAUUGCAAGUCUUUGCAUAAAAAGGUUGAGAACCAGAAAGUAUAUUUCUUAUCUUUCAAUACUGGUAAUAUUUUUUAGCUUUCGGCAAAGAAUAGUUCUAUGUAAACAAAGUGAAAAUUCACUCUUAACCCCAGCAAAUUAUCAGAAGUGGUCAUCAUGCACUUUGACAGGGUGUCCUGUGCCUAUCAGCUAUAGACUGUGAUAGGUGAAGGUCACAAAUAUACAGUGAUUCUACAACUGUUUUUUGAGACCAACAUCCAUUCUUAUUAUGUUUGUGUGGUUUUUUUUUCUUUUUAGGAAAGAUAAAUUAUAUAUAGAUAAAUAAACUUAUUAUUUUUUUAUGCCAUCUGCUGAUAGAAACUGUGGCAGGUUUACAAAAAAUUUACGAGUGCUUUUUUAAACCAUAUUUUCCAUGUGGAUGAUGCCUUAAGGUGGGUUCCCAGAAAAGGUUAGACUGCAAUAGAAAAGAAUCUUGUCACGAGUCGCAGAAUUCAACCACCUCAUUACUUUUUUCACGACUUCCUAUGGGCCAUGUCUCAAACCAAGAGCUGCAUUUCUGUUACCAUCUUGGUGCAAAUUUAUAAAGUGCUUCAGCAGUAUGUAACAUUUUCUCAGGGAUUCAUAUAAUAUCACAUGAACAGAUUGCACAGGAAACGAUCUGAAAUAAACACCAUUCGUGUGCAGCAGUGCCUUUUAUUAAAUAGUAAUUCAUGAUAAACAAUCAGUGCAUUUUUUUGCUUUUUCAAAAAAUAAACAUCUGAGGGAAAUAAGA